AUGCACAGAUUCUUAAACUCGUUUUUGGUGCGGCUCUUUCGGGUGAGUUUGCUAUGCUUCGGCUGUCUCCUUUUCGUGCCAACCAAGUACAUCACACCCGGUAUACCGUUCAUGGUUACUGCCAUUGUGUUGCCUCCAGUCGUCUUUGUCACCUUCUUCUCGCUCGAUGUAUUGGUGCUGCUGGCCUGCCAAUACGAAUUUUGGUUUAUUACGGCGCUAAACACUCUCAACUGGGUGGGACUGGGCAUGAUCUUUGGAGACAUCCGAGCGAUCUCGUGCUUCGGACUUUGGCUCAGUUCACAGAGUGUUGUGCUUAUUGACGCCAACUACCGCACAUUCCAGACCGCAGUCAAAUCCAUUGUCAUUAGUGGACCAUUCUUGAUAUUAUUGGUUGUGUGCUGCUCGUACAACCUCAUAGCUGACGCGAGCUAUCCCGCUAUCGAGAUGGGUAUACUGACGCUUCAAUCGCGCCAAAUUGUCGUGUUCACAGCGUCAACUCUAUCAGUAUUCGUUGUGAAGAAAGCUUACACUAAAAAUUAUCGCAUGCGUAUCCGUCUUCACGAUCGAGAACGCGACCCGACACUGCUCAAGGUUUACACACCAUCCCGUGCGUUGGCCUACACGCUCAAUUGA